ACAAUAACAAAAAAAUACAACAAUAAAUGAAAAUAAUGAACAUGAACAAGAAUUAACAAUGAAAUGUUUAUAUCAUUAUUUACAUUCAUUAAAAGUGCAAGGAAUUAAUUUAUCAGAUGAAAUAUUAACACAAUUAUAUGAUGAAAAUAAAAUUCAUGAUGGUGAUAAUAUUGAAAAAUGCCUAAAAAGAUUAUGUGAAUUUCUCAAUCAAAUAUUCGAUAAAGAUAAACGAUUAUUUAAAAAUUUAUCAUCAACAGCAAAUAAUGAAAAUCAACAAUAUUUAGUUAAAUUAUCAAAAAAGAUAUUAAAUCAUAAUGAUACGAAUAUAAAGAAAAUAGAAAAUGAUUUCGAUAUGGAAACAUGUUGUAUUCUAUUAAGUAUAUUUAAUAAUCGAUUACCAUCAUUUUAUCAAAUAUUAUGGUGUACAAUAGCAACUGAAGACGAUAUAAAAUUAUUUUAUUCACGUAUUCGUACAUUUACAAAUUUAAUAUUUGUUGUUAUUGAUAUAGAUAAAAUACAUCAUCGUCUACGUGAAUUAAUAUUAAAUGAACAAGAUCAGUUAAGUAAAUUACAAACACAACAUGCAACAGUAUACUAUUUUUCAAGAGAAUUAACACUUAGAAGAGGUAUGAAACCAUUUAUAAUUGCACCAAAACAUAAAAAUCCACAUAUUAUUCAAACACAAUUAAAAAACUUACAAAAUAAUUCUGUACAACCACAAAUACAAAUUAUUUAUGGAAAAGCUGGCAUUGCCUAUUUCGAAACGAAGUCAUGGAAAUAUUUCUAG